AUGGCACUUUUUGUCUCUCGGCUCAGCAGCAGCAACGCAUGGGGUACCAACAAUGCGGGCGUAGUUGCUCCACGAAACCGUUCACGUGUUGCUUGCCAGAGCUGUAACCAGCGAAAAGUGCGUUGCGACGUGGUCCACGCUGGCGGUAAUCCGUGCUCAAACUGCCAACGCGAUGGGGCAUCUUGUGUAGUACUUCCUCGGAAAAAGCAUCGGCCUCGAAGGAAAAAGGGCGAAGUGCUCGCGUUACGGGAUACAAACCGAGAUGGGUCUGGGACUUCGUACGCAAAGACUGCCCCUGGCAGGAUGUUGGAGCAACCCAUUGAUGCUAUACAAAAUGAUGAUUAUGACCAGGCCGUGACGGAGGCAGUUUCGACUGAAGACACCUCUUUCACUUACAUCGGUGAUAGACGAGGUCCACGUCAUUCUGUAUACGACCUUUGUCAUCCCGAAUCCCCGGAAGAGACCCUGCAUAUGCCCUCCAGUAUAUCCGCAGCAAUAUCACACAAACCCCAUGAGCUGGAAUACAUGCGCCUCCAGGGCGUCUUUUCUAAACUUCCAGAUGACGUGUGCGACGAGCUCGUGCGAUGCUACUUUCAGCAUGUCCACUUCUUCCUCCCGAUCAUCGAUGCUCCUGCAUUUCUCAACGAGUAUCGCAGCAAUGGCUCCCGCAAUGUGAGCCUGCUGCUGUAUUGGAGCAUGCUCUUGGCCGCAGCAAAUUUUGUCGAUACAGACGUCUUGCAAAAAGCAGGGUUCACCAGUAGGAAGGCCAUGAAGACCGCCAUGUAUGAACGUGCCAAAUGUCUCUACGAUGUCGAUCGAGGAACCGAAAAGCUCAUUCUUAUCCAGUCAGUCAUUCUGUUAGGGUUUUGGUAUACCGAUCCCCAAGACCAUACUGGAGCUUGGUAUUGGAUAGGGAUUGCCAUUUCUCUAGCCCAAAACAUUGGCCUCCACAGAUCUGUUCGCCUAAGAGGGCGUGCACAGAAGCCCCUUUCGACCGCACGAGAAUCUCUGAUGCGUCGCAUAUGGUGGGCAUGCGUUGUCAGAGAUCGAUGGGUAUCUUUGGCUCGGGGCCGUCCGAUGCGCAUUCAUAGCGAAGACUGCGAUACACCAUUUCCUGUAGUAGACGACGUCUUGAACGAGCUAGAAGCCGUUACAAGCCCAGAGAGCGCCAAGUUUAUCCCCACUGACUCAAGAGCUCUGACCGAGAUGUGGAUUCGGCUUGUGAAGAUAUGCGAUACUCUGGGGAACAUCGUAAGAGUUCAUUAUCGUGUGAACGGCAUCAUACCUACUAUGGCGGAGAUUGACAAAUAUGCACAAGAGCUACAAGCGCUGGCGCAAGACGAAGUUAUCUCGGGCGAUUCUAGUGAGGAGCUGAGCAUUCAUGCAUAUCAGAUCGAUUUACUUUACCAAGCUUCAAUCGCAAUCUUAUAUCGGCCUUACGCCUUGAGUCGAUCUAGCUCUCUUCCAGCUGGAGCACUUCCACACUGGCGACAAACGGCCACGACCCGAGCUCGUGAAGCUGCCUCAAAUACGAAUGGGCUGCUACAGAGCCUCAUUGAGCUUGACGCGAUACGGUACUUGAAACCAAUGAUAAUCACUGCAAUGAUACCGGCAAUGCAGAUUCAUCUCUAUGACUGCAAAUCUGCCAACUCUUUAAUCCGCGGCCUUGCAGAGAACAAACUUCAGCUUCAUAUGCUUGUGCUCUCAAAUCUAAGAGGGACGUACUGGAGCGCGGAUGUCAUGUAUCGGCUGUUUGAGCGAGCUCAGACCAUCCUAAAGAAAGGGAGUUCCCAACUACCAAAACGAGAAAAGAUCUCGGACCAUCAGCUUAAUCGAGUAGUUACAUCUGAAAGCAUCGACGAGAGAAGUUUUAUCCAGGUUCAGCACGAAUUGCAGUUGCAGCCACCGCCAGCGCCAGCGCCAGCGCCAGCGCCACAACAGCCCCAGCCUGAUGGAAUCUCCAUGCUCAUGACACCAGACACUUCGAUGAUGAUGGGCGACCAGCAGCCAGCGAACCAAUGGUUUAGCGAAUCGCCGCAGUUUAGCGAUGUCGACCAGUUGCUGAGCCCGGGCUUUUACCUCUCUGAAGACGUUCUUCCGGAUUUUGUUCUUGGCUACGAAAACAGUGCCGUGUAUGGCCCACUUGUUGUAGGAUCGAGCAAGAUGACUGACGAGAUGCUAUAA